GGGAUUGCUAGUAGCAUCCUCGUCAGCAAAGACCUCAUCAGCAAAGCGAAGGGAACCUACCCACAAACAAGGGAGGGUCACUAUUGCAACCAGUCAGCAGCUCUGCGCGCGAGUCCCAACGCAGCAAGCAAGAAGGAGAGCACGAUCAGAACCCAGUCAGAACGGGUCACAUACCAAUGCAAACCCGAAGACGAGUGGGAUAACUCACCAUUCAAACCAGUCAAUACUGAGCUCACCUAUCUCUCCAUGCACCCAGUAGUUAUCGACGAAAGGGUGAAGAUUGAGAAGCAAGUUACAUCUGCAGAGAUGGUAACUCGAGCAUGCCAGAACCAGCAUUAUGCUGCUCAAGAACUGGAUAGCUACUUAGACGAUAUGUGGAGGGCACAAUAUACUGCAAAGAAACUUGGGGGCCACUCGACGUCUGUGCGCAAGCGGGUCAGAACUACAGAAUUGGUGGAUAGUUCCGACCUUGUACUUACCCAGAUACGAGAUCCCAUAAUCACCAGUAUAGUGCAGCCAGCGGGCAGUGGCAACUUGAGGAAUGGAGCCAACCCAAAUAAUCACCUCAUACCAAUUGAGAGUAUGACCGCCAUGCAAGAGCAGGAGAAGGACAUCUUUGAGGAUAUUGCAUACAGCCCUAUCCAAGGGAGGGAGAAUCUCCCACACUACCGACAAACCGAUGGAACAACCAACCUGGCCAACCACAGAUCCCCUAUAAAUCACUUCUUAUCGCAAAUCUCCAGUGAUUACGCGAGUGGAUUGAAUUCAUCUCUAAUCGAUAAAGGGUCAUGGAGGAAUAACGGCAAACCUGCGACUUCUUCAAAAGCACAAGCGACAGAUCAACAAAAGCAGCAAACAUGGACGACACCAUCCAUCACCACUCAGAUCGAUUUUCCCUACCUCACCCCACCUUAUCCUAUUAUUGUCCGACAUUGCCAAAGGCAACCUGGGAGAGCGGACCAGAGGAUGUGUCAAG